AUGAACGAAGAAGAAAUACAGAGAUACAGAAAUUUUAAAUUUGUUUAUGAAAGGCCAGAGCAUAGAAAUAUUCCAUAUUGUGACGUUUAUGAGUGUGAAUCAAAAGAAAAUGGACAUUAUCUUUGUCAUAUUAUAAAGAAAUAUCAUUUAAAAAGUGUAGAACAAAUACCAUUUAUUGAGAAAGAAAUAAAUAUAUUAAAUUCAUUACAACACACAAAUAUUCUUGAAUUAGAUUCUUAUUUUCCUGUACAAAGUAGAAAUGAAUUUUGGUGUGUUUUUAAAGGAACAAAUUAUGAAUUUUCAAGAUAUGGUACUCUUUGUAUUGAACGAAUAACAAACACAAAUGUAGGAGCAUUUUUAUUUGAUAUAUUAAGUGCAAUGCAAUACAUAGUUCAUAGUAAAAUGUUAUUAAAACCAAGAAUUAAUCCAAAACAAUUUUUCGGUUUUCAUUCACCAGAUUCUCCUUUCCCAGUUUUGAAAUAUUUAUAUGAAGAGCAAUUUGAUGAAGGAGAAAAUAAUGCUAAUUUUGCUUAUUGCGCUCCUGAGUGUUUUGUUGGAAAGACAAGUGAUGUAAGUUAUCUUUGGUCAUUAGGAAUUAUUUUACUUAGGUUUUGGUUUGGAUAUAAAGAAGCUAGUUCUCCUGAAGAAUAUUUAAGGUCUAUAGAAAUUAUUAAGAAAGAAGGAAUUUCUAAACGAUUUGUUAAAGAUGAAAAUAAAAGAUGGGUAUUAUCUAUGUUACUUUCAUAUGAUGAAAAACAAAGAAAACAAGGAGAUGGAAUUAUUCUUUCUGGAAUAUUUCUUGAACAAAAUUUUGAACAACGUAUACAUCAAGGAAAUGCAGAUGAUUAUGAAAUAAUAAAAGAAAUAGGAAAAGGGGCAUUUGGAAAAGUAUUUUUAUGUAAUAAAAUUAAUACAAAAGAAGAAGUUGCAAUUAAGUGUGGGGAUCAAUGGAUUGCACGAGAGAAUAAAAUAUUAAUGUUAUGUCAACAUGAAAAUAUAAUGAAAGUUUUUGAUUAUUUUAAAGGAAAUAAUAUAUUUGGAUUUAAUGGAGAACAUCAUUUUCUUGUAAUGGAAUAUUGUAAUAAAGGGAAUUUAGAAGAUAUAUUAAAAAAACGUACAAUUAAAGAAAAUGAAUUUUGUUCUUGGACAAAAGAUUUAUUAAAUGGAUUAUAUUAUCUUCAUAGAGUAAAACAUAUUGUUCAUAGAGAUUUAAAACUUGGUAAUUUAUUAUUACAAGAAAGUAGAAGAAGUAAUAUUCCUAUUUUAAAAAUUAGUGAUUAUGGAUUAAGUAGAGAAAUUGAUGAAGAUAUGAUGAGUUGUGUAGGUUCUACUCAAUAUAAAUCACCUCAAAUUCUUUUUGGAUUAAAAUACUCCGAAAAAACUGAUUUAUUUUCAGUUGGUGUUAUUUUAUAUAAAAUGGUAACUCAACAAUUUCCAUUUGGUGAAGAAGUUUAUGAAAUAAAAGAUAAUGUUCUUGAUAGAAAAGAAGUUGAGUUUGAAAUUCCUGUUGAAGAAUCAAAGAAAGAUUUUAUUGCUAAAUUACUUGAAAUUGAAGAAGAAAAAAGAAUGAAUUGGGAAGAAAUACUUAAACAUCCAUUUUACAAAGAAUUAAUGAAUAACAAAUUUCAUUCUGAUUCUUCUUUAUUUGAAUCACUUACAUCUUCUUUUGAUGUAACUUCUUUUUGA